UUCUGUAGGAGCUUUGGGAGAUGUCCAAAGACUAUGUAUGUGAUCCUGCUAUCAAGGGCCGCAUCAUUGACGUUCAUUUCCAGUUUAAUUAAAACGUUCCGAUAUUUGUUUGGGUUUGCUUUGGGACAACUAAUUCUGAGGCAUAGUGAUAACUUGAGCAAGACCCUACGAUCACCCAAGUUGUCUGCUGCUGAGGGUCAACGGAUAGCUUUGAUGACUGUUGCAACUCUGCACGUGCUCAGGGACGACACACAGUUCGAUCUUUUCUGGAAGAGUCUUCAAGAGACAAGGACUAAAUUAGAUGUUGAUGACCCUGUCCUGCCCAGAAAGAGGAAAGUUCCAAGGCGAUAUGAGGAGGGCAGUGCUGAACCUGAGUUUUUCGAUGUUUGCAAGCAAUUUUAUUGCCAGCAAUAUUACGAAGCACCCGAUUUAAUUGUGAAUGCUAUUCAAGCCAGGUUUGAUCAACCCGGAUUCAAAAUGUACCGCAAAUGGCAGGACCUUUUGCUAAAGGCUGUCAAGGGUGACGAUUAUAGGGAAUGCCUCAACCAUGUCACUUUAUUGUAUCAUGACGAUUUAGAUGCCCAACAACUGCAGCUUCAUCUUGAAAUUUUGCAAGCCAACUGUGGUCUCGUAGACAAGACUUCUGUGACAGUGUGUGACAUUAGGGACUACAUCUUGAGUUUAUCUCCUUACGAAAAGGAUUUGAUGUCGGAAGUAGUCACCGUAUUUAAACUCAUUAUGGUCCUGCCAUCUACCAACGCCGUCAGUGAGAGGUCAUUUAGUGCCCUCAAGAGAUUGAAAACGUACCUUAGGAGUACAAUGAAGCAGGAUAGGUUAAAUCACCUACUCUUUCUGCAUGUACACAAGGAUCGUACUGAUUCGCUGUCGCUGACACAUGUAGCCGAACAGUUUGUCAGUAGUUCUGAACAUCGAUUAUCAGUAUUUGGACGAUUCUCGUAG